UCUACCGAAUAUUUAUUUGCAGGAAUGCACGGACCAACUAACAAACCAGGCCAGACUGAAAAUCUGCCCGACAGUAAACUUAUGCCUGAAUACUUAAAAGAUUUGGGCUACGAGACGCACUUAGUCGGCAAGUGGAACCUCGGUUAUUCACGAUGGAACGCCACUCCGACGUUCAGAGGAUUCGAUCAUCAUCUCGGAUUUUUCAACGGUCAUGUCAGCUAUUAUGAUUAUCUCACUACUCAUAAGGUAGACGGCAAGGAUUACACUGGUUUUGAUUUGCGUCGCGACACGACGCCGGCAUGGGACCUCGCAGGACAGUACGCCACCGACGCAUUCACAGAUUACACAGUCAAGACGAUCGAGAAGGCCGACGGCAGCAAACCGUUCUUCAUCAUGCUAUCGCAUCUCGCCGUUCAUGUGGGCAACGAGGGUAAAUACCUAGAAGCACCACAGGAAACAAUCAAUAAAUUGAAACACAUCGAUGAUUCCAAUCGUAGAACUUAUGCUGCAAUGGUAUCAAAAGUUGAUGACAGUAUGGGUACAAUAAUGUCCGCGCUUUUAAAAAAGAACCUUUUGGAGAAUACAGUGAUCGUUUUUGUGAGCGAUAACGGAGCGCCUUCAAUUGGUGUAAGUCACAAUUGGGGCUCAAACUUUCCCCUACGCGGGAUAAAAUCCACACUAUUUGAAGGCGGUAUUCGAAGCGUGGCUUUUGCCUGGAGCCCCUUGUUUGUGCAGACCGGCCGCGUGUCUUUGGAACUGAUGCACGUGACGGACUGGCUGCCGACCAUCUUCACCGCCGCCGGCGGCGAUCUCGGACUCUUGGAGCCUGAUCUCGACGGCGUCGAUCAGUGGAGCAGUCUGCAAUACGAUCUGCCUUCACCCAGAGACGAUAUUCUCAUUAAUAUCGAUGAAAUCACACGGAACGCUGCGCUUAGGUUUAAUAAUUGGAAACUUAUUGUUGGAACAACUAGCAAUGGAAAUUUUGAUUCGUACUUCGGUGAUUCCGGUAAAACUAACAUAGAAGAACAAAGUUACAAUACAUCCGCAGUAGCUGACAGUCCAGCUGGUCAAGCAAUCAAACAAGUGACCUACACACCGUUAUCAGAAAACGAAUACAUUUCCUCGCGCCGACAGGCGACUUUGAAGUGCCUCAAUCCGAAAGCAAAGCGGACACCCUGCACGCCGUCCAACGGUGAGGUGUGCCUCUUUGACAUUCGCAUCGAUCCAUGCGAGGAAAACAAUCUGGCGACGUUCCUGCCGUCCGUGGUGCGUCGGAUGAAACGCGCGAUGGUGGAUUACCGAGCAGGACUGGUGCCGCAGCAGGCGCGCACGGUGGACAUCGAGAAGGCUGCGCCGGAACUUUUCCAAUUCACAUGGAACCCCUGGCUGGAUUGUGGCGAUGCGGAAUGCAAAGCCUAAUUGAAUAUUUAUUUAAAUUUUUUACCAGUCGUAAGUUUUGCCACGCCAACUAAUCGAAGCGAAUCGCGAGCGAAAAUUUCCAAAUAUUCUCAUAAAUAUUUAUUUACGUUUUGUACCAUAUAUUAAUAUUCUGUAUGUUUUGUGUGUAAGUUUUGUUUAAAAUGUUUUUACGUUUUUUGUUUUGGAUUAAUUCUAGGAAUAGAAUAAAAGUUGAAUUUUAGGUUUUCAGAGUGCAAGUUUAUUUUUCAGUCAAUUUUCGUUGUUAUUAAAUGAAAUAUCCAAAGGUUAAGGUGUGGAAGAGGUAACUGAAAAUGCCAACUACUAAACGCACCACGGUGAAUAAGCUGUCUCCCAAGGAAUAUAAUAUUGUCCAGCCAAUUGAUGUUUCCGAUCCGGUUUCUGAAGCUUCUUCACAGAAGACGACGUGGAGCAUAAAUGCCAACAAAACAAUGACCAGCAAAGUAGACUAAUAAAAUAUUAUUAAAUAUUAAUAUUAUAUUAAAUUAAAUAUAAAUUUUAACACUACAUACCUUCAUUUUUAUUUUUGGGGAAUAAGAAGCAGUUAACUUGUAGUUUAGUAAAGUUAAACUUGAAUUACUAUCAAAUCGAAAAUUUAGCUAUUUAUAUAAAAUACGAAUGCAUUAAAUGAUUGAAUUUUACAUUAUUUACUUGAUGAAUAUUGUUGUAUAAUGUUUAUGUUGAUAACACACUUAUUUUUCAAAAUUAGCAAUGUAAAUUUCAGUUCCCCGACAGUGUCUAACCCAAAUUUGUAUAAAAUACGCAUAUAAAUAGUGCGAAACUUUGACAAACAUAGCCACGACACCAAACAACCGCUUCCAAAAUGAAGGUUAUUUUUCUAUGCGUUGUUGCUGUGUAUUUGUUUAUCAACGCUGUCUGUGCAAGUCCUACAAAUGGUUUUCAAUCAGAAACUUCUUGGGAAUUUUUGAGCCUGAAGAUACUGAAUUGAGUAGUGAUAAUAAUAAAAGUGAUGAAAAUCAAGGUGAAGAUUUGGAAGCUUCUGAGUGGAUACCUCAAGAAUCAUGGACUCCAGUUUUAAGCAGAAGCAGAAGAAAUCCGUAUUACCUUCUGUUUAAAAAACUCUCCCAUCUCAAAGGCCUGCUAUUCAAAGGUUUCAAUUUUCAUUCAUUCUCUUUCUUCCCUUUUUUCUCUUUCUUCCCUUCAUUUUAUUAUUAUCCUUCAUUCUUUAACUUCCGUCCAUUUUUUUCUAUCCUAGUUUCUUUUAUUUUCAAUCAAGUUUCUUUUUUGGUUGAUUUCAAAUUUUGAUUUCAAUAUUCUAAUCAUAUAUGGCAAAACCGUUAUUAUAACCUAGAUUGAUAGUGUUUUUGUUACUUUUGUAAGCUGGCAAUUUAUCCUUUUUAUUUAAACAAAUAUUGGUGAUGUUUUAAGAUUCGAUUAGAUCCAACAUUGAACCUUGACGGCGGCAUUCGAUUGUCUUCCGUUUUACCUUAAACUUUAAACUUUCGGCUUCAGCAAACAACUGAAUUCGAGCGCUCUCGAAAACUAGGAAGAGUCGCGACGGUGGAUGUUAAAGGAUUUGAAUAAAGCUGACGCGAAUAACUCGA